UAAAUGUUGAAUCUCAUGAUGUUUUAUGCACCGUAUUGAGUCAGAGUUCCUGAUUCUGCAACAUCUCAGUAGCUUUGUUUCUUGAUUCCAUUAACUAAAAAAGAAAUUGUACAUUGUCGAGAUAGAGGACAGAGUUCCAAAUCUGGAAAUUGUGGUAAUCUGUAAUGAAGCAAUGAAAAUCCUGCUUAAGGAACCCAGUAUGUUCCUGCUUUGUACAGAAAACUGUGUAUUGAUAGGGAUAAAUGUAAUCAUGGUACAGUUUAUCUGUUAGCAACCAAAAAGAAACAAAGCAUUGUGAUGUGUACAGGUUCUUAAUGUUAUUCUCACUUCUCUUACAUCUUUAUAGCCUGCAUAUGUAAUUUCAAUCAGUUAUGAUUAUCAGAUUUACAUUUGCUAUGCAUUAAAUAAUUCCAUUACCACUAUAUGAACAAGUGUCAAGAAAAAAAAAACCCAAACUGGACAUGUAGCUGAAUAAUGUGUUCUGUGUCUGUGUAUGAUACACGAUCAGAUCUAGAUCAGGGGCGCGUUUUACAAAAGAACUUACGACUUACAACCAACUUUACAUACUGGAAUUUUUCAGUUUAUUAUAUUAAGAUAAUUCACUCCAAAUGCAAAAUAUUUUUUUAAAGUGUUGAAAAUUAAGCCUCAGAAAAGUAAUAACAGUGUAAUACAAUUUAAGACUUAAUUACAACUUUGUUGUUAGUUGUUUUGUCAAAUGGGCCCCUGUGUCCUCCAGACUCAUGUUGAUCAUGAUACAUAUAGUGGUAAUGAGAAUGCUGUGUAUUUUAUUUGUACAUGUGUAUGUGUAAUCACUGUUACGUAUUUGGUAUUCUGUUCAAUAUUAUUAUUUUUUUCAUUUGCAUGGGUUGUGUGGUUCAUAUAAGUAGAAGACAGCGGUGAUGUGAAGAAAGACAUAGGACAUAUUUUGGAUUUCAUCACACGAGUGAAGUGCUUAAAGGUUGCAGGGAGCCGGGAGAGAGUGGGAACCAGCAACAUUGACAUGACUCAGCUUAAGUUUGACUUGUCACUGUUUAAAUCUCUACAAUGUCUAGAGUCUGAGUGCUGUCAUGUCUCCAACAUCCUGGGAAUAGAAAUUAUAAAGGAAACUCUGGAGAAAGUCAGCAUACGACAGGGACUGACCUUUAUCAGGGACUUAAUACUGAAUGGCUUGAGACAGUGGAAGGCUGAGGAUGGGACGGUACUAGUGACUCACUGGGACAAUCUGGUGGAGGCCGACUUCAGUCACAACUCCAUCAAGGAGAUUGAUGAUAGCGUGCAAUUGAUUCCGCGGGUGGAGGUGUUGGAUAUGAGUCAUAAUCGACUGUCAGGGAUCCAGCACCUGAACUGGCUCAGCCAACUGACUCAGCUUGAUGUCUCAAACAACGAGAUCAAAGAGUUAGACGCGCUGCACACCAAGAUAGGCAAUCUCAAAAUACUCAACCUCUCUGGGAACAAACUGGAGAGUUUAAAAGGUCUAUCAAAGCUGUAUUCAUUAGAAACUCUGGAUGUAAGGAACAACAAUCUGUCACAGGUGAGUGAGGUGCAGUAUGUUUGUUGCCUCCCCUGCAUUGAGAACCUGUACCUUCAGGGGAAUCCCGUGAAACACGUCCUUGACUACCGAACCAAGAUCCUGGAGCAGUGUGGGGACCGAGUAUUGGAGGUGAGGCUGGACGACGUAAAGCCAACCCAGAAGGAACUGGACACAGUGGCUGUGUUACAGGCCAUCAGGAAGUCCCGAGAAAACAAGGCCAAAAUAGACACCACCAGAAAGCUUUCAGCGAGUGAACUUCAAUCAGCCAGCAGUUCUAGACAAUCCAGUUUGUCCGGUACUGACGGAAAACUGCCAUCAAGACAAGAGCUAGGUUGGAGCACACAUGGUUCUUUCAGUGCCACACCCCCUUUAGUAUCAGGUGAGGAAUCUUCAACCGUGGAUGUUUCCGCUAACUCCUCACGAUCUGGAUCUAGCACAAGUCAAAUGGAGGACCGUAGCUGCCACACCAGCAGAUCCAGUUUUUCAGGAAGUGAAGGGGACAGUAAGGGAGAACAGAGACCUCGAUACCGGACGUUGUCCCAAGAUGACAUCCCCAACACCACCACCAUCGCCAUCAACUCACUGCCCACCCACCUUGACCAAGGUUUUAUGGCCUGGACACAGGAGAGACUCUUUGGUAAAGACUCAAAACCUGGAGCUAUUGUGGAACAAGUCUUAAAUGUGUUGUGGUGUGGGGUCAUUCAAUUCACACGACAGGAGUCCAUGGUGCCCUGUUGUGCGGUUCUGUCCCAGAGACGAGUCUUCAUUCUUCGUCUGAAGCCUGGAGAGAGUGGGUAUCCUGGUGUCCCAGACUUGGAGACAUUUUACAUACUUCCUCUCUGUAAUGUACAGCAGAUUGUGAUUGGUCCAUGCUAUAGUUACAUCAGACUGGAGGAGUCUUUCGUUGGGGCGAGUGGUACCUUCACACUCAUUGUAGCAGACCCUGAUGACGGGAAGUCGUUUUCUGACGGCAUCACUUCAGCUUAUAAUGAUGGGGAUUUCGGUCCUCUUAAUCUUUUAAACUGUUCACAAAACUCAGAUUUAGCCUCUCACAUUUUUUCUUUGGAGGAUUUGGAAGGUCUCUGCACAGGUAGAAUAGCAUAUGGAAUGUUUGUAACCAUUGCAGGUGUGGACCAAUCCAGUCUUCUCAUCUUGUCAGAAAACAAGGUUUAUCUUGUCCAUAUUGACUGUCUUUUCUGGCCCAGGCCUUCUUUCCUAAGUGUACUCGAAGACAUCAAAAAUCCAAACUUUACAUUCCUUCAGCACCAUUCCAUCACAACCAAAAUGAGUGACAUUAAAAUGAAUGUGAAACUGAAACUAUCUUCUAGGUCCAAGAAAACUGUAAAUGUGGACACAAAACCAAUACAGUUUGAAAAAUAUGGUUUGUCCAUAAUCUUCCACGAAUUGGUAGGUCCCGUUGGUAUGCAUUUAUACUUCUUCUCAACAAAAGCCAGGGAUGGAUUUCUAGAUAGGUUGACGAAUUUGAGAUCUGAGCAUGCUCACAGAUUGUCGCCAACGAUACGCGAGGAACCAGAAGGGGGAAAUGAGUCUUCGGACAGCCUGGACAAUAUAACAAACGCCAGUCUGCCCCCUGUAUCUCCUCAACAGGAUCAACAGGCUCAUGUAGUAUUGAAAGAAGACAAUUCACCGAGAGAUGAAACUGCCCCAGAAGACAUAGAACAUGAAUUUCUGGCUGGAAACAUGGCAGACGAUAACAUCAUACAGCCUGGUAAAACUCGGUCAGCUACAGUUCCAGAGUUUAUGCUGAAAAUAGCAUCUGAUGAUAAAAGCAAAGCAGAAGCAGUGGAGAUUGAUUAUCUGACAGAUGAACUCUGUAAUCAGCUUACAAAAUCCAUACAAAAUUAUACCUUAGCCAAGGAAAUUCCCUCAAAACUGAAGGUUCUUAGCAAUAUGACUGGAAGAGAGCUAGCACAGUAUUUCCACAGCGACAUCGCAAUGAUAGGAGUAGAUUAUGAACAACUUCACUUUGUGCUCUGGUCGGUUGUCAUCCCGUACAAUCGCCCUCAUUCAGAAAUCAUAUCCUGUGUGAUGCUGAGCACCAAAGCUGUGUACUUUGUCUCAAACCAGUUGGUCAAGUCCCCCAUGAAGGAGAGACAGUCCUGGAUGACCCACACUCGCCACAAGUCCGACUCCAUAGUCCUGGGUCAGCAGUCAGUCCAAACGGACCACCACCACACGUCGGGAAUCAUACACAACAGCCAGCACGGGACGAUCAUCCGACCUUUCCUCAUUCUGCAGUACUCCGACCUCCACCAGGUGAACGUGGGAUUGUUCGAUCAGUGCGUGAGACUGACUGGAUAUGACAAACACACGGUCAACACACUAGUAACCCGUGAUAGCGCUGUCACCGAGAAGUUUCUACAUCAGCUCACUACGAUGCUGUCAAUUUUCACGUCUUCACCCAUGCUGGAGAGCAGUACGUCUGACCUUGAACAAGAUUUUUACAGAGCAUUUGAGAGAAGAACAAAGACUGUUGUGGAUGGGAUGGAGUACGUGCACCCCAGCAAAGUUCAGUUUAUUUAUCCCGGGGAAGAUGUUAUGUCCGAUCUGUUAUUCAUAAUUACAGAACAUCUCAAACUGCCUGUGUCGGCCAAACGUAAAGCGGACAUAUUGAUGUAUUUAAUUAUUUACGUUGCGACAGAGGAACAUCACGCAGGAUCGGUAGAUCAUGUGGAAUCCCGCAGCAUGGUGUUGACCAAUCAGUAUCUCUGUUUCAUUGUGGAAGAUUUGAUUGACUACCCCAUUCCAGAUUUUGCCCGAGGACUUCCGAAUUCUCCUAGAUACAGAGUCACUAACACGGUGAAAGUCAGUCACCUGAAGCGAGUCUUGAUGUUUAAAGACAAUGAACACAAACUUAGUCUGAUAUUCUCUGACGAAGUAGAUGAAAUCAAUGUGGAUACGUCUUCAGAUCAUUUUAGUAUGGAAAAUAAUUCUAGUGGCCGUCUUUCCCCUCCGGAGAUAGAAACCACAGUCCUCAUUCAGAGCCCCAGGGACAUGAACAAAUUCAUGUUGCUUCUCAAAAACCAGUGGCGGGAAGUGCAAGAUGGCGAUGAGCUCGAGGUUCAUGUUCUGUAACUAUCCCAGCAUUCACUAGCUUGUUGAUUUGUGCAAUACUUGUUCAUCAAAGUUUGUUGUGAGAAUAUGAUACACCAAUCCAUGUAAAUACACUAAUCCUCCUGUUGCCAAAAAUGUUUUUGUAUAUAUGGUAGAAUGAGCAUUUUCUGCGAUUGUCCAUGUUUUUGUGGAUAGGUAAAAUCCGCAAAAUUUCCAAUAAAGAAAUAUUCUAAAAAGUAAAAUUCAGCUGUUCUGUAAAUGCAUAGCUAUAAUGUAACUGCAGGAAUGGGAAAUUUACCUGUUGGGGAUAAAAUCACAAAAAAAACCCCCCAAUUCCAAUCACAGAAAAUGCCCGUAAUACGGUAUAUUGGUUAGAUGUCAGUAAUCAUGUUAUAAUGAUAUUAUAAUGGUUGUAUAAAACAUGUUACAAAGUAACUGUGGUAUUAUUCUAAUGUUAAAUAAAACAAACACUAAAUGUUA